AUGGCACCUGCGUCGUCGCGAAUACCUGCGCUCCUACGCGACCAGAUCAGCCAUCGAGCAAGGAAGACUUUGGACGCGACUGCAUCUCGCUCUUCAACUGACACUCCGAUCCCGCACCCAGGCGUCCCGGCCGAAUCGGUUUUCGAAGCACAGCUGAAUACUCGGGAGAAUGGGCGCUGGACGAAUCCACCCGUGCUGGAGGACCUGAAAAGGAGCGCUCGCUCGCUCGGCCUGUGGAACUUGUUUCUCUCGACGCAUUCCGAGGGUGCUGGAUAUACCAAUUUGGAAUACGCCCUCAUGGCCGAGUGCCUUGGAAUGUCGCGGCUCGCUCCAGAGGCAACAAACAAUUCCGCCCCGGAUACCGGCAACAUGGAAAUCCUGGCAAACUAUGGUACCCCUGAACAGAAGCGACGAUGGCUCGAGCCCUUGCUGAAGGGCGAGAUUCGAUCGGCCUAUGUCAUGACGGAGCCGAAUGUGGCGUCCAGUGACGCGACAAACGUCCGUCUGAGCAUGGCCAGGGACGGAGAUCAUUAUGUACUGAAUGGAUCGAAAUGGUGGAUCAGCAGUGCUGGAGAUCCACGUUGCAAAAUCUACAUCGUUAUCGGCAAGACGAAUCCGAGUCACCCAGACAAAUACAAACAACAAUCCAUGAUCAUCGUCCCUGCCGACACGCCAGGAAUCAAAGUCACUCGACUCCUGUCAGUGUAUGGCUUCGACGACGCUCCACUGGGUCACGGCCAUCUCACCUUCAACAACGUGCGCGUGCCCGCCUCGAACAUGCUCUUGGGAGAAGGACGAGGAUUUGAGAUCAUGCAAGGUCGCAUGGGCCCCGGUAGGAUUCAUCAUGCCAUGCGGUGUAUUGGUUUCGCUGAGCGCGCUCUGGACUGGAUGUUGAGCAGGGCAAACGACAAGAAUAAACAGCCAUUUGGCAAGGUACUCAGCGAACAUGGUGCCAUGGUGGAAAAUAUUGCUCGCUGCCGGAUCGAGAUCGACGCCGCACGACUCGUCGUGCUCAAUGCGGCCGCCAAAAUUGACCAGGUCAAAGCGAAAGGGGCGAUGAAGGAAAUCGCCGAGGCCAAAAUCUUCGUUCCCCAAGUGACUUGUACCGUCAUUGAUCGCGCCAUCCAAGCGUUUGGUGCCGAGGGGGUGUCUCAGGAUACACCUUUGGCCGCCAUGUGGGCGGCUGCCAGGAUUGUCCGCAUCGCCGAUGGCCCGGAUGAGGUGCAUCUGCGGCAGCUCGGUCGCAACGAGAAUAAGAGAGCGGCUGCUGUGCAAGCUCUGCUCGAUGACCAAAAGGGCCGAACCAACAGCAUGUUGGAAUGGUACGGGGUACAGGACCCUUUGGGGGCAAUACAAGUCCCACGAGCGUCAAAACUGUGA